CCGGAUGUACCCGUUGCUAAGCGGGUUGGGGGAAGAUGUAGAAAGUAGGACCGGAAGGUUUGCGAAGUAGACGCUGAGGACAUGGCUGUUCCCAGUUUGGAGUUGGACCCGCUCUUCUUGAAAGCCUUGGGGUAUCUGCAUUCAAAAAGUAAAGACUCGGCGGAGAAACUGAAGGCUCUGUUGGAUGAGGCAUUGGCCAGAGGUAGCGAGUGCAGCUUUCGGCAGCAACAGAAGGAAGUUGAAACACCCAAAGUAACUGUUGGUUCCAAAUCCAGUUUAGCCAAGCAGGAGUCCAAAGUAUCCACAUCUCUGACAUCUGGCAAUAAUGGAAAGUCCAGUUCCAGUGAAAAAACGAAGAAGGAAACUGAGAAGAGGCCAGCUGAAAAGGUUAAGCUGGACACUCAGGAAGGAAUUGAUCCCCAGAAAAAGGCCAGACUGGAGAAGCCAGAGAAUCGAUCUUCCCCAGUCACUGUUCAGUCCAGUAAAGACCUGGCAAUGCCUGACCUGCCUGGUUUUGAGAGCGCAGAGGACUUUGCCAUGGAAAUGGGGUUGGCAUGUGUGGUGUGCCGCCAGAUGACUGUUACAUCAGGUAAUCAACUGGUUGAAUGUCAAGAAUGUCACAACCUCUACCAUCAGGACUGUCAUAAACCCCAGGUGACGGACAAGGAUGUAAAUGAUCCACGACUGGUAUGGUAUUGUGCCCGCUGUACAAGACAGAUGAAGAAAAUGGCACAGAAGACGCAAAAGGCUGCUCCAAAGGCUUCCAGUUCAGUUGCUAGCACCACUCCAUCAGUAAAAGAUCCAUCGGUGAAAAAGCCUGACUUGAAGCAGAAACAAGAAAUGACCACAUUUCAGGCUUUCAAAAGAGCUGAAGUAAAGACCACCUCAUCUGCUUCUGGGAAUUCCUCCAAUUCUAGCACCACCUCUUCCUCGGUUAGUGGCCUCACAGGAUGGGCUGCCUUUGGAGCUAAAACAUCUUCUGCAGCACCUUCCACAGUUAAACUGGGGUCAACUGUACAGACCGCCAGUGGGAAACCUGCUGCACCCUCUUCAAAUCAGAAAGCAGUGGGCCUCUCUGGACUGGCACCUUCUAAAGCAAGCCUGGGAUCCAAAACGACCACUAGCGUUAACUCUAGCACUGGACCUAUAAAGCCUUCUCCACCCCUAACAUUGGGGAAACCGAGUCUUAACCGAUCAUCUAGCAGUGACAAUGUCACCAAAGUGAGUUUAACAGGACCUGGCAAUAGUGUUGGCCAGGCUAGCAGUGGAAAUGGAGGGAACUCAUCUACCAGCAGUGGUGGUAACAAUGGGGCCAAAACUCCAUCUGAUGCUAGCAAUUCUUCUGUUGUUAAGUUGCCAACAUCUCAAGAGUCUCAGCUUAAUGCUAUGAAAAGGCUCCAGAUGGUUAAGAAGAAAGCCGCACAGAAGAAGCUUAAAAAGUGAAUGUUCAUCACUGUUGUUCUCUGUUGCCUUUGUGUUCCUACAGAGAAUAGCUUGCUAAGGAGGCCAACAAACAUGCCCUUGGAUUUAUUCAUUUUUCUAAGAUUUUUAUUUGUGAGAAGAGCACAGAUCUAUCUCUUGCCUCUGAAGGCCCCAUGAAAACCACGUGAGAGAGGAUUUAUGUAGGUCUAAAUGGCUUUGAUCAAGAUCUACACCAGUAAAAGGUUAUAAGCACAAGGCUGAGAGAAUUAAGAGAUUACAGUGUUAGAAAAAAAAUCAUUUCAUAAGUUGCCAUUUGUAACAAAAUUAACAUUCUGGCCUUUUCUGUUUUAAAAGAUAAUCUUUUAACUAGAUCGCUGAUUUAGACUCCCUUUCAUAGCAGUUUCAAACAAUCUGUAAAGAGUUUGAUUGGAGACCCAUUUCUGACACCAGGAGCCAAAGGUCUUGGUUGUUCAAUAGCUUGCAGGAAACAACAUCCUUAGUGAGCUAUGCAGUACAAAGUAACAGAAACCGAAUUUUUAAACUUGUUCUGGUUUCCUUGCACCCACAGAAAACAUUUCCUUUAAAAGAUUUAGCUCAAGUUCCUAAUGGGCCAAAAAUGCUCUGCACUUCUCAAAACAAAUCUGAAAGUUGAGUGAGAGACCAGUUUACUGUGAUGUUGAAAACCAGGGAGGUUUUAAUUCUGUGUGAAAUGGACCUGUUCACAUAUGUUGUUUUGUGUGUAUUACUGUUAAUGGAGAUGCCGUCUCUAUUUGGUGAAUUGCACUGGUAUUGAAAAAGAAUUAAAGUCAAAUCUUGUCCACUUCGAAUAAUGGAGCACUUUUUAAUUAGUCCCAUUACAUAUUUUUAUGUGCUUUUCCUUGAAACGCAUCUGUUUUUUUGUUUUAACUUUGAAACGCUGACCAGUUCCCUGACUUCCAAAUGUGAAUGUCAAGGAAUAAACCUAUACUUUCAACACUGAUAGUCGCAAGUGUUCAUUCAUGCACAGUAAAUGUAUGUACACAGCAAAUAUGGCCUAAUAACAUUCAUCUGCCUUUGAUCCAUAUAACUCAGAGUCAUCAUUUUAGUCAAUACAUUAAUUUUUAGGAGUUGGUGCUUCCAUCCUUUACCCUUGAAUGCUGUAAUUUUCUGAUUAUUCUCUCGUGCUGGAUUUCUGCAGAGGAGAAAGUAUUGUCUUCAUCCCUGAUCUUUGGAAUUCAUUCAAUGAUUUAAAGGCUUGCAUUCCCAUUGUCCCAUAGGAUCAAGCAGCUGGUGUGUGGACACUGUUAAACUGCAGGAUGCAUUAAAGCUAAAUUGUACAGAACAAGCCAUAGAAGCACUCAUGUAAUAAUGAUCAGAUAAUGUUAAUGUUGAAAUGAGGGUUGACUAUUGAACAAAAUCCUAACAAGACCUUCCCUACUCAUUGCAGUUCCAUGCAUUAUUGAAUCUCCAGCUAAGAACAGCCAGGGCCACAGUUUAACAACUUGCUUAAAUGAAAACACGUCCAUCUGUAUAGCAUCUCUUCCGUGCUGAAAUAGUCUCAUAUGUGAUUGUCUGGAAAGAGGCUUGGAUUAGGUGACCCCCAUUUCAGCAGGAGUGGGUGCCAAUAGAUGUAAGUGUUAACAGAUUUCUUCCUUGAUGGCUCAAAUAAGGCUGAUGUGUGUUGACUGGGAAAGGUUAGGGUUUAAUCAAACUAACAGUAAAUUUAACAUAAUUGCUGAUUGGUCUGGCUCUUGAUUGUCAGCCAGUGGCCCUUAUUGAAACUGCAAGGUGAAAUCCCCAUCAGAACCAGCUAUGAAGCGAUCUCUGGUUCAGCAGUCCACAUAUGUUGGGAGUCAUACCAGCAGGAGCAUUGUCCUAGAAAGAAUCUACUGCUUU